GUGGUCCCUCCCCUCUUCUGGUUGUUGCAUUGUUGUUGACAGAAUUCAAAGAUGGCGACUGGCGCCGCUUGAUUUUCGGGGACCAGUGGAGGGAAACACGAUUCCCCUAGUCUGACUGGUCUCGUAGUCUGCGGCAAGAGUGGGGCAGCCAUGGCUUUCGAGGAAGUCAAGAAGAAAGGAGUUAUGGACAUGUCAGUGAUGGAAGGAGAUAUUGGCUUGGUGGCGGGACGUAGCCAGCGGGAGAAGAGGCGCUCCUAUAAGGACCUUCUACGGGAGGAAGAGGAAAUCGCUGCGCAGGUGCGCAAAUCCUCAAAGAAACGGCCUAAGGACUCUGAGCUGUUCCUGUUGGGUGGAGACUUACACAAGAAGAAGAAAAAACAUAAAAGUGAAGAGUUCUAUUACAGAGGUAAUCACCAUGGCUUAGGCCCACCUGCCCAUAAGAAGAAGCGCAAGUCAUCGGAUCGCUCACCGUCCCUUUCCUCCUCGCAGCAUCACUCCUCCCUCCCUACGGACACGGCCAUGGGCCUCCUCCAGGCCAUCACCUCCCCUUUGGCCACCGGGUCUGACCCCAGCCCCCACCUGCAUAAGAAGCCCUCCUACCCCAUCUUGUCCUCCUCCCACUCGUCGUCCUCCCAUUCGUCCAAGGAGCGCAAGCGUGACGGGGGCGGCGGUGGCGGAGGGAGCUCUGGCUCCUCCAAGGCAGGAGGACACUCCUUCCCCUCUCAACAGCGCUCCAGCGGCGGCACACCGGCAUCCUCCGGGUCAUCCUCCAAGAAGCACUCACACUCCUCGUCUUCCUCUUCCUCGCGGUCGUCGCUGUUCCACAGCGGCGCGGGGAGAGGGGAGCCCCUCACGCUCCGGGAGGCAGAGGGUCUUAAGAUGAAGCUCAUCCUCUCACCCAAAGAAAAGGCUGGGGGUGGUGGGGAUGAAAGCUUCCCCUCCUUCCCUGGCUCGCACUCGUCCUCCACGACCCCCACCUCCUCAAGCCUCACAUCACCCUUGCUCUCCUCAUCCACCGCGAAGAAAAGUAGUGGAAAGAAGGAGAAGGAGCGGGACAGGGGGUUGCAGCCCAAAUCCAUAAAGAAAAAACAGCACAACCCAGAGCCCCUACCUGUUGUGGGCAAGGAGGUGGAGGUGGAGGCAGGGCAUUAUGGGAGCUCUCUUGGCUCGUUGGGAGGAGACAGCUCCUCUUCAGGGGGAGAACUGGAGGCGGGAGAGCUGGUCAUCGACGACACAUACACCCACCUCUCCAAGAAAAAGAAGAAGAGCAAAAAGAGCAAGAAAAAGAAGGAGAAGGAGAAAGACAGAGAGAGGGAGAAGGACAAAAGCUCAAAGGAGAAGAAGCAUACUAAAGGAAGCAGCAGUGGGAAGAAGGGGUUCUCGGAUCCCUCCCGAGGCUACUCCCAUUCUCACAGUUCAGCCAAUCACAGCACUUCAGGUGGGAUGUAUCCCAUAGCCACCCCGGUCUCCUCACAUCACCACACCAGCAGUGAGACAACGAGUGAGAAGAAGAAGAAAAAAGAAGAGAAAGACCGGGACAAGCACGACAAAGAUAAGCCCAAGAAGAAAAACACGACUGCAUAUCAGGUUUUUUGUAAGGAAUACAGGGUAAACAUCAACGCUGAGCAGCCUGGACUGGUGUUCGGUGAGCUGAGCAAAAAGCUUGCAGAGGUGUGGAAACAACUUCCAGAGAAGGAUAAAUUGGUGUGGAAGCAGAAAGCUCAAUACUUGCAGCAUAAGCAGAACAAAGCGGAGGCCACCACUGUUAAACGGAAGAGUUCAGCCACCGAUGGCAGCAAGAGUAAAGGUUCCAGUAAGGGACUGGCUGGGGGGUUGUCUCCUGGGAGAGCCUCCAUGGGAACGUCACUGUCCCCAGCACGUGUGCCUGAGGUGGAUCCUAUCGACGCAGCAGCACACCUGCAACUUCUGGGAGAGUCAUUGUCCCUCAUAGGCCACCGGCUCCAGGAGACUGAGGGUAUGGUGGCAGUUUCUGGAAGCCUCUCUGUGCUGCUGGACUCCAUCUUGUGUGCUCUCGGUCCACUCACCUGUCUAACGGCUCAGAUCCCGCAGCUCAAUGGUUGUCCGCGCAAUGUCCUGUCGAAGACGCUGGACAACAUUGCUUAUAUCAUGCCUGGACUAUGAGGAUCGUCUCUCCUUUUGCUACGUAACAGGAAGUCAGUCAAAGGACUCUUUCAAAAGACAUCAAAAGCAUCCCGGGAAUUUUUUAAGUGGUGGACUCGUAGUGUGCCACCAAAAAUGGACAUGUUUUUAUUGCAUUUUUAAAAUUCUUAGUUAUUUUCUAUUGUUAUUUUGUAAGGAAAACAGAAAUUCUAUUUUAGAGAGCGCUUUUAAUUCUGUUUUAAGUCUGUUUUGUGUCAUAAGGUGUUAGUGUGUGGUUGUGAGUGGGCGAGCACUUAAGUCUCUGAGUGUGAAAUGCAUUAUUUGAGUGUUUGUGUGGGUAUUUUCAUUUGUAUGUUUGAGUGUGUAUGUACAUUUGAAUGUGUUUGAGUGUGUGUGUACAUUUGAAUGUGUUUGAGUGUGUGUGUGUGGGUGUAUUUGUUACUGUGUCAUUUUUAAGCAUCCGUCUGGUCCAAACUUCUUUUUUUACUCAAAUGUGGACUACAACCUAGGCCCAACCUAGUUUUAUGUUUUCAUUAAUGUACCAUGAAGAUAAUAUAUAGCACUUUUUCAA